UACACAUGCAUCUCAUCAAGACAUCAUGUUUAAGUGAAAUUUUUGAAUUUUAUUUAUUUCUAAUUGUUGAGUUGAUUUAUACGUCUCAGUGGAAACGUGAGAAUAAAUAGUGCGGUAGUUGAUCAGUCUCCAUCAGACUUUCCUGACGAACUCAUUCAGUGGCAUCCGUGUAUAGUGUUAGUUAAUAGGUGCAAACGACAAUUUAUUUAGUUUUUCGAUUUUUCCAACAUUAUUUAUCGCGUGUUGGCUCUGGUGAUGAUGGUAUAACAUGUUGGAGUUACCAUCGAUUCCGCAAAUCAAAAAUUAUCCAAAAAAUUCGGAGCAUAUACUUUCCGCAAUGCCAUUUCGACAGAACAACGUUUCUAAUCCAGAUGCUACCGUUACCGUGAAGACUGAAUCAGGAUUAUUGGAGUCAGUCUGUGCGUCCUGUGGUCAAAAAAUACUUGAUAGAUUUUUAAUGAGAGUCGCUGACAGAAAUUACCACGAGGAUUGUUUAGCAUGUGCAGCUUGUGCGCGACCUUUGUCACAUUCUUGUUUCACGAGAGACUUAAAACUUUAUUGUCGUGCAGAUUAUGAACGAAUAUACGGUGUGAAGUGUGGUCGAUGUAUGGAGAAAAUUAGUUGUUCUGACUUUGUACUACGAUCACCCGGAUUAGUAUUUCAUGUGGAGUGUUUUGCUUGCUGCAUGUGUGGACAGACGUUACCGCGAGGUGCCCACUAUGUACUCCGCCAGGGUCAACCUAUUUGCCGGCGAGAUUACGAACAUGAAUACUUUCUCAGCAGUCCACAAGAUGAUGAUCUUCUGGACGAAAGCCGUCCGCGCGAUGGUCGGAGAGGGCCAAAGCGUCCACGGACGAUUCUCACAUCGGCUCAACGACGGCAGUUCAAAGCUUCAUUCGAGCUAUCGCCAAAGCCAUGUCGGAAAGUUCGAGAAGCUCUCGCCAAAGACACUGGCCUUAGCGUCCGGGUGGUGCAAGUUUGGUUCCAAAAUCAACGAGCGAAGAUGAAAAAACUUCAGCGAAAAGCUAAAACAGAUCCCAAUACGGAUAAGGAGCAGAAGGAGGAAAGACGACCUGAUAGUCCUCACAGUGACCACAGUCAUUAUAUGAAUGCUAUCACUAUGCGUGAUGGUGAAUCGUCCAGUUUUUCAUCAGCGACUCAACCGCUCAACCCUAACAAUCCAUACUCUCCAGAUGACACUUAUCCGGGUAAUUCUGGAGAGAGUUUCUGCAGCAGUGAUCUGUCUCUCGAUGGCACCGAAGCUGGUUUCGAUAUUGGGGAAAAUGAGAGCACGGGAACUGAUGGAACUCAUCAAAAUACUCAUUCUCAUCAUGCGGGAUCAUCCCACGAAGCACCAACAUUAUCACAGAGUCUACAUGCGGCGAUGCAUAAUCCUAUUGAUAAACUUUUUAUGAUGCAAGAUAGCUACUUCAGAGGUGAUCAUGCGUAAUUUUAAUUUCUCUUCAUUGAAAAGCCGACCUGAUUCAUUUAUUGGAAUAAUUUUAUUAUCUACGUCUUUCAUGCCUAAUAUUACAUUGUUGUUGUUAAUAUCGAUUCAUUCUGUGUAUUUAAUUAUUAAUAAAUGUCGCCCAAUGAAACCAAGAAGCUGCCUCAUCGCUAGGUCAGAAAUUUGACUUGAUAGUCGAUUAAAUAUGAUGAUCGAUUAUUGAACAUAUGAAGAAUGUUCACGAGUAAAACUUAAAAAAAAACCGCACAACAACAUUUGCAUGUAGAUAGCCACAGGAGAUUGCUUUUCGCAAAAUGAAUUCAUUCCAUCGUUUCUACCCGUUUGUACUUGAACUUAAAAUGUUUUCGCCUGUGACAGCCAGAGGUCACUACUUACCACACCCGGCUCGACCGUCGAUACGUCCGGUUUGAAUGUUAAAGGAUUUUCUGGGAA